GUUCUUACCGUCGAUUUGACAUGAUUCAAUAAUUGAAAAAGUGUUGGAUAUUGUUGACAGAUUCCUCAAAAUUCAGACGGCAACCCUAUAUGCGAUACCGAAAGCGCAUUCGCCGUCUUUCAGAGACCGUGGUGUUCACGAGUCGCAUAACUUGACGAACAAUAAAUUACGAUUUGAGAAUCGGAAGAUAUAAGUACGUGCGAUUGAGGUUAGGUUCCUCUAGGCUGUCACGAUGAGCCUACGCGAUCGUCAGAUAAACGCCCUGAAGCAGAUGUUGAAUCUGAACCGGCCCGAGUCGCGGCUGGAGGAUGCAAUGCCGACAUGGAAGCUUCUCAUCUAUGAUCGCCUUGGCCAGGAUAUCAUAUCACCACUCAUCUCCGUCAAGGAGCUUCGCGAGCUUGGUAUCACGUUGCAUAUGCAACUGCAUUCGGACCGCGAUUCUAUUCCCGAGGUACCGGCUAUCUAUUUCUGCGCGCCCACGGACGAGAAUCUCGGUAGAAUCGGUCAGGACUUGCAGAACGGUCUGUAUGAUAUCUAUCAUCUGAACUUCAUUUCGCCGAUCUCCCGGCAGAAGAUGGAAGACUUGGCGGCCGCAGCACUGCUUGGCGGCGUCGUCGCCAGCAUCCACAAAGUGUUUGAUCAGUAUCUGAACUUUAUCACUUUGGAGGAUGAUCUGUUUAUCUUGCGUCAUCAGAAUAGCGACAUGAUAUCUUAUCAUGCGAUCAAUCGCGGUGAUGUCAAGGACAGCGAGAUGGAGUCUAUGAUGGACGUUAUUGUAGACUGUCUGUUUUCAGUAUUUGUCACUUUAGGUACUGUGCCCAUUAUAAGGUGUCCCAGAGGCAAUGCUGCCGAGAUGGUCGCUAAAAUGAUCGACAAGAAGCUACGAGAAAAUGUGUGGGACGCGAGGAAUAAUCUAUUUGAAGGCGAGGCCUGCGCGACUGGCCAUUACAGUUUCCAGAGGCCUUUGCUCAUCAUACUGGAUCGUAAUGUUGACAUGGCCACACCGUUGCAUCAUACAUGGACAUACCAGGCGCUGGCGCACGAUGUCCUGGAGAUGGCACUCAAUAGAUUGGUUGUAGAAGAAAAUAUAGGACGAUCCCCUGCUGGUGGGACACGCUCCAAGACGCGCGCCUACGAGUUGGACAAUAGAGAUCGUUUCUGGUGCCAGCAUAAAGGCAGCCCUUUCCCCAGAGUAGCGGAGGCUAUACAGGAGGAAUUGGAGCAGUAUCGCACCUUCGAAGAGGACGUGAAGAAACUUAAAUCUUCUAUGGGCAUUGAUAACGAGAGUGAAAUGGCUCUAUCUAUGGUGUCUAAUAAUACUGCACGUUUGACAAAUGCAGUGAAUUCGUUACCACAGCUUUUAGAGAUGAAACGCUUGAUAGAUAUGCAUACGUCGGUGGCCACUGGUAUUCUAAACGCCAUCAAGUCGAGACGACUCGAUACUUUCUUUGAACUGGAGGAGAAAAUCAUGAGCAAACAAACACUCGACAGGAGCGUAUUAGAGACCAUCGGCGAUCCAGAUUGUGGUACUGCCGAGGAUAAAUUACGUCUUGCUAUUAUUUAUUAUAUUUGCACGAAUAUGUCUGACGCAGAUUAUAGUAAACUGGAAGCGGCUCUGACCGCGGCCGGCUGCGAUCUCAAUCCGCUGAUUUACAUCAAACGAUUACGCAGUUACACCAGGAUAGCCGAGAUCCAGAGCAGCUAUGAAGGUGGUGGCACCAAGACCGUCAGUAUGUUCUCCAAGCUGAUGAACCAGGGCUCGUCAUUCGUCAUGGAGGGCGUAAAAAAUUUGGUGGUGAAGAAACACAAUCUGCCUGUCACCAAGAUAGUGGAUGAGCUGAUGGAGUCCAAACAGUCUUCGCGGACUGAGGAUUAUCUUUAUCUCGAUCCGAAGCAGCUCAAGCAUACCGAGCAGAUGCCGAAGAAUCGACCAACAUUUCAGGAUGUGAUAGUUUUUGUGGUGGGUGGCGGCAAUUAUAUAGAGUAUCAGAACCUGGUAGACUACGUGAAACAACGAAGCGGCGCCGGAGUGAAUAAACGGGUGAUCUACGGUUCCACGACUUUUAUUAAUGCCAAGCAAUUGCUCAAACAACUCUCUCUACUCGGCCAGGAAGUCCAUUCGUGAAUUGAUUUGAUAUAUAUUUGCCAUGCGCGGCGAUUAUAUAUCCUUUUCCUUCACUCUUCUUAUUUUUUUCUUUCUUUUUUCUCCUCCUGUCUUUCUCUCUCUCUCUCUUUCAUCAGCGCGUAAGCUUAUAGUCACGCUUUUUUUUUAAAUAAAAUUGUUGAUUAUUCUUGUAAAAAGUACGUAAGAUAUAAAUAAAAUCUGAU